AUGAGUACGAUAUUUACAAGUGAAGAGAGAAAACAAAAUUGUUUAUCACAACUAGAAAAAUAUAAUGGAAUUGAUGAUGAAUGUUUUGAAGGAAGUAAUGAUCUUGUUGAGAUUGAUAUACCAACAACUAUUGAGUGGAUAGGAGAGAAUUGUUUUAAAGAAUGUACAAGACUAACAUCAAUUAAUAUACCAACAACAGUUACUGAAAUAGGAAAUGGAAGUUUUAAAGGAUGUUCAUCAUUAGUGACAAUUAAUAUACCAUCAUCAAUUAAUAAAAUAAAGUAUGAAUGUUUUCGUGAAUGUACAUCACUUGUGUAUAUUAAAUUCCCAACAUCAAUUACAUCAAUAGGAAAUGAAUGUUUUAAGAACUGUUACAACCUAAAGAAAAUUAAUAUACCUACUUCAAUUAAAGAACUUGGAAAUAAUUGUUUUAGUGAAUGUUCAUCAUUAAGAAGUAUUGAAAUACCAACAUCUAUUAGCAUAUUACCAAUUAAUUGUUUUAAUGGAUGUAAAUCAUUAAGGAACAUUGAAAUACCAACAUCAAUUAGUGUAAUACCUAUCAAUUGUUUUUGUGGAUGUACAUCUUUAACAUCAAUCACUUUACCAUCCAUCAAUUAA